AUGAGUGUUGAAAAUGUUGUUACCAUCUCAAAACAAAAUUUAUUUUAUUUGUUUUUACUGGAGCAUUUGCGUAAAUUUAUUUUUGACAUCAACAUGCACCGUGACAUAAUUUCAAUGGCUGCAGAAAUAAAGGCAACAUUGGAUAAAUACUUCAAAAACAUUGAAGAAAAUUACGUUCAAUCCCAAGCAAUUUUACUCGACCCGCGUUUUAAAAAGUAUGGAUUUUCCAGUAAUAACAAAUUUGAAACGUGUAAAGUAAGCUUGGGAAGAAAACUACAGGAAAUAAAUGUUCAAAAUAUGUCAAACGAACCUGUCGAAGAACUUCCAACUACUUCUACUGUACAAAGUUCGACAAGUAUUUGGAAACAGUUUGAUGAACAGGUCCAGGGGCGGACUGGCCAGGGAGGCGAAGGGGCAAUCGCCUCCCGGGCCCUCGAUCAUGUCAUAUUAGUAAAAAUUAUUUAUAAUACAUAA